AUGGAGCUGGGGGGGCCGGGGUCUCCGCCGCCGCUGCUGCCACUGCUGCUGCUUCUGGGGGGCGGCUUCCUGCCCGCGAGCGGCCACGUGGAGACCCGGGUCCACGCGGAGGAGCGGCUGCUGAAAAAGCUCUUCUCCGGCUACAACAAGUGGUCUCGGCCCGUGGCCAACACCUCGGACGUGGUGCUCGUCCACUUUGGCCUGUCCAUCGCGCAGCUCAUCGACGUGGAUGAGAAGAACCAGAUGAUGACGACCAACGUGUGGGUGAAGCAGGAGUGGACCGACUACAAGCUGCGCUGGGAUCCCAGCGACUACGAGAACGUGACCUCCAUCCGCAUCCCCUCGGAGCUCAUCUGGCGGCCGGACAUCGUCCUCUACAACAAUGCGGACGGGGACUUCGCCAUCACGCACCUGACCAAGGCGCACCUGUUCCACGACGGGCGGGUGCGGUGGACGCCGCCGGCCAUCUACAAGAGCUCCUGCAGCAUCGACGUGACCUUCUUCCCCUUCGACCAGCAGAACUGCACCAUGAAGUUCGGCUCCUGGACCUACGACAAGGCCAAGAUCGACCUGGUGAGCCUGCACAGCCACGUGGACCAGCGGGACUUCUGGGAGAGCGGCGAGUGGGUCAUCGUGGACGCCGCGGGCACCUACAACACACGCAAGUACGAGUGCUGUGCCGAGGUGUACCCCGACAUCACCUACGCCUUCGUCAUCCGGCGCCUGCCGCUCUUCUACACGGUGAACCUGAUCCUGCCCUGCCUGCUCAUCUCCUGCCUGACCGUGCUGGUCUUCUACCUGCCCUCCGGCUGCGGCGAGAAGGUCACGCUGUGCAUCUCCGUGCUGCUCUCGCUCACGGUCUUCCUGCUGCUCAUCACCGAGAUCAUCCCCUCCACCUCGCUGGUCGUGCCGCUCAUCGGCGAGUACCUGCUCUUCACCAUGAUCUUCGUCACCCUGUCCAUCGUCAUCACCGUCUUCGUGCUCAACGUGCACCACCGCUCCCCGCGCACCCACACCAUGCCCGCCUGGGUGCGCCGCGUCUUCCUGGACGCCGUGCCGCGGCUGCUGCUCAUGCGGCGGCCGGCCGUGGUCAAGGACAGCUGCCGGCGGCUCAUCGAGUCCAUGCACAAGGCGGCCGGCGCUCCCCGCUCCUGGCCCGAGCCCGGGGGGGCACCCGGCUUUGUCGGCCGAGUCCCCAGCCGGGGCCCCUCGCCCACCUCGUCCUCCCGCGGCCCCCUGGACGAGCCGGGCAAGCCCGAGCCCGCCUGCGCCUCGCCCUCCGGCCAGGUGCCUGCUCCGCCGCCGGCAGAGGCCGGGAAAGCCAGCCCCUGCUCCUCCCCUGGGCCCUGCCGCCCGCCCACCAGCCCUCAGGCCCUGGGGCCGGCCACAGCCCGGUCCCUGAGCGUCCAGCACAUGUCCAGCCCCAGCCGAGCCGCGGAGGGCGGCGUCCGGUGCCGGUCUCGGAGCGUCCAGUACUGCGUUCCCCAGGGCCAGGCCGCGGCCCAGGCGGACGGCCCCCCGGCCGGGUCUCCCAGCUCCCUGAACCCUCCCGGGGCUGGGCUCCCGCCCCCGGCCCAGGCCUCUUCCUGCACCUGCCGGUGCAAGGAGCCGCCUGCGGGGUCCCCAAAGGCUGCGUUCAAAGCCCGCAGCUCCAAGGCUCCGCCCCGGCCCCCGGCCCUGUCGCCCGCCCUGACGCGGGCCGUGGAGGGCGUCCACUACAUCGCGGACCACCUGAAGGCGGAAGACACAGACUUCUCGGUGAAGGAGGACUGGAAGUACGUGGCCAUGGUCAUCGACCGCAUCUUCCUCUGGGUGUUCGUGCUCGUCUGCCUGCUGGGCACCGCGGGGCUCUUCCUGCCGCCCUGGCUGGCCGGCAUGAUCUAGGGGCCCCCCACCCC